AGUUUCUUAUAAUUCUUAUCGCAAAAAAUAUUUAUUACCUUAUUAAAUCAUGUAUUAAACAGUUACAAUGAUUAAUCACAUAAAAACCCCGAAUGCCAUUCUUAUUUUUACAAUAUGAAUUCAAAAUAGCGCUAACUGAGCAACGGAAACUCACAUUGAUUUCCUGGUAUUGUUUUUUUUAAUUGUGCGGUCCAAACAAUGGUGGAGCCCGAGAAGCCGUUCGCCUGCGUGAUGCAGGGCUGCGGCAUGACGUUCACGAACGAGGAUCACCUGCAUGUUCACACGAAAAAGCACGAUAUGGUUCUUCAGUUGGGUAUGGAGCAGAAAGCAGCGUUCGUAGCCGACCAGACACCCACACCAACCCGCUUCAUCCGCAACUGCGAGGAAGUGGGGCUGUUCCAGGACCUGCAGAAUGUCAACCCGUUUGAUGAAGGCUUCAAGCAGGCCAUGGAGGCCAAAGCUGGCAGGUUAUCUCUGGAGGGUUCGGAGGUGGAUUCCCUCCACACCCCGCACACCCUGCACACCCCCCAGAUGUUUCCCCUGGACGGAGACGCUCUUUACACCACCAAUAACCAGAGGAAUAUCACUAUUAGCAGGUCAUCCAGUGACGAAUCAGGCGCCGUUAAAGAAUACGAGACCACUACAAUCUCCAAACUCACCAAUGAGGUGACCACAAUCAGGAUUGUCGGAAAACAGGACAUCGUUGACAAGGUCACCACCACCGACGACGUCGCUAUAGUCAGACAUGAAGAUGUCAACAAAGAAAUCAAUGAAACUGUCUCAUACACUAAUAAUGUUAUCAAAAUACAUAGCAAUGUAGAAAUAAGAAAAGAUGGCAUCAUUGAAUCCAAAAAAAUACCAAGAACUUUAAUAUACACAGAUUCAGUUAUUAAAGAUGCCACUAAAGAUGUUUUGUUAACAGAUAAACCUGAAAAGGCACCGCCUAUAAUGAGUCAGAAAUCGCUAGAUUUCGUCGUUGACAGUUUAGAAGAACAUAACGAUAAAGAAGACAGACAAAUUAUCAAAAUGCUUAAAAGGAAUUAUCAAAAUGCUUUAAAUAAUAAAGAUAAAAAUGAUUUAGAUGAUUUUGAAAUUAUAAUUAAAAAGCCUGACGGUAGACAAGUAAGAAUGAAACCUGUAGAAGAUGAUAAGAGUAAAAUACAAAAUGAAACUAAAGAGAGACUAAAAAGAGUUUUAUCAGAUAAAGCAGAGAAGAAAUCUAGUGAAACUAAAAUAGAUACACCAGUAGUGCAAAACAUACUUCCAAUAUCUACACUGCCUGGGACUUUAGUGCCGGUUACAAUAGUAAAUCCUAAUACUAUACUAAUAACAAAUAGUUUACAAAAGAUACCGAUAGUACCUUUCAAUAUGAACAAAGUGAGUGUUAAUUUUAAGAAGACAGUGAAUAAAAAGAAUAGUAGAGCGGAGAAGGAUGACAGUGUGGUGGAUGGAAAAGAGGAAGCGGAGAAAAAGAAGAUGCUGGAGCCUAGGACAGCUGCUUCUAGAAGAUACAGACAAAAACAGAAAGUCCUAAUGAACUGGCAGGCGGAAGAGAACCGUCUUCUGAAAGAAACUAACCACAAGCUGGUCGCAGAAAACGCUGCCCUCAAACUACUCAUCACCGAGCAUCUCAAGAAGUGCUCGAACCCCGGGGACCUGAAAUUAUCACAAGCAGAGCAUCACACGAUUAGAUGAUAAAAUGAACACAAAAUCAUCAAUUUUAGCAUUACAUUUUGACUGUAAU